AUUGCUCGUACGCCUCAUAUCAAAGUCGUGUUUUGCGGAAGGUCCAUCAAAACAAAGUGAAAUGUCAAAAAACAUUGAAAUUGUAUUCGUAGCUUCUUAGAAAAAUUUAAUAAAAUCACCAUUUCUUGCAAUGGAAAAGGACGGAUGUACAUUGCUGUCACUGAGACAGGGCAUCACCGACAACAAUUUACAUGUUAAAGCAAUUAUUCAGGAUAUUUUGGUGUUUCGUGGAAGUUUAGCUGAAUUGGAGAAUUUAAACGAAGCCGGACGAGCAAAGCUGUCGGCACUCCGUAAAUACAUCUCACAACUAGAUAAUUGGGCCAGUGAUGAAGGCGAUCCAAAGAUUUCGAAAGAGGUGGAGCUGCAUCGUGAUCAGCUUUCCAGAACACUUCAAGCAUUUCGCAAAGCAAAUAUAUCGACGAGACUAGAAAUUGAGAAAAUCGACAAGGAGGAACUACUGUCCAAUCCACAAACUGAAAUGAGACACCGAAAUACGGCGAAGCACAGUCGGUCUAGUUUAGUAUCGCAACAAGACAGUGUGACAGAGAAAAUGUUAGCCAUAUCACGACAUUUAUCGGAGACCACACAGAAAAGUGCCGAUACUCUGGAAACACUGGUUGCAUCAUCUGCUAAUGUUGAAGGCACUCGGGAUGAAUUACAAGCGACGGCCGGAACAAUAUCACAAUCCGGAAAGUUGUUGCAGAAGUACGGUCGUCGUGAAUGUACCGAUAAGAUUUUGCUAUUUUUUGCAUUUGCAUUUUUCAUCGCUUGUGUUCUAUACAUCGUGCAGAGAAGAUUAUUUUAGUCGGCCUAAUUGUGAUAAAAUUAUUAAUU